GAAGGCUCACCAGUAUGAGACUGCUCUACGCUACUCUAGAAACGAGUUACCAAGAGCGUCAUUCGCAGCAUCAGCUAGGGGUGCCAAGAGCGAACAUCAUCAGAGUGAAGGCAGAUACAGCUUCAAUGAGCGACUGAGCAGACGACACGACUCGGAGGGAUCUGGGCAGCGCAGUCCCAGCAUCCAGAAACGAUCGGGACUCUCUGAUUCGCACAGCAUGUCAAACAACGGGUUGAGACGGCUGUGGUCGAGGAUGAAGAGCGCGAUGUCGCGACUUCCCAGGAUGAUGUCCAGGAGGCUCCACGGCCUCCGUCGGUGGAUGGCGUCCCGCCGAGCCCAGUGGUCAUCCGGUGACCAGGAGCUGUCAGACACGUCACGUUAUCCGAGAUACGAGCAGGGACAACAUCAGAACUACUACCAGACAGAGCAACAGGAGCCGGCCGUCUCUCAAAGGCAGAGCUCUUCUGCUGAGGAGAGGAGGAUGUGCAGGUGCAACGUCCCACCGAGAAAGAGAUACAGGAACGUCGUUGCUAGUAGUGCGCUGGGACAGUUCCUCAGCACCAGCUUCUGGAUACCAGCGCUGGGACUCGUGUACCUCCUUGGUUUCUCCAGUGCCAGUACCAACACCAACAACAACAGCAAUAGCGGUACCGGAGGGUUCAAUGUCACGGACUCGGAUACGGUCACCACAACCAACAACGACGACGACGACUUGUCCAACGCAGUCACCAUCACCGUCACCAACACACCCACCAACACCAACACGGCCACACAGACCAGCAUGGACACCACCACCACCACCGUCACCGACAACUCAAUGAACACCAACAACGGUGGUGACAACACUAAUACAAAUAAUAACACCAACAAUGGAAACAACGGCAAUAACGGCAACAACGGUAACAAUGGAAACGGCGGCGGACGUAAAAUGAAAUAGCUGAUAUGGGCCGCCGAGGAAAAUUCAAA